AUGAAGACCCUUAUAUUUUUUUUGCUGGCCUCUCAUGCAACAACAAUUGCUCAAGUGGCCAUACAACUGCUUCCCAAGGCCAGUCCUCCGGGUCCCAUCAAAAGAUAUCAGCCGCGCUCGCGAAGCAUUGAGAAUGUGGUGGAUUGGUCUCAACUGAGGAGUACCGCCAGACGAGCUACCGAAAGAUACGGCCGGAACGACCCACAAACGCUGCUCGCGAAGCCCGCCGAUUCCCGGCGAUGGAUAGCGACGACCAGUCUGCCCGACACCCUGAGAAGAGUCGCCGAUAGCCCUGACCACGAAACCCAGAAGAAUCUGAAGAAUGGACGCCUGCCUGCGAACUUGGUCAGCAGUAAGUUCCGCACGGCCAGCACUCACAUCGAGCAAUUCCCGACAAGCGAUGUGAUCGGAAAGGACCCAGGCGACCUCUCCAAGGGAGCCGCGUUCGCUAAGCUGGGGAUGCUCAAAGGAUCCCGAUAUAUCCGCCUCCGGGUAGCUUCUUCGUCCUCCAAACUUCACUCACGAACGCGUCUAGCCCAGGCCAAGAAUUCGACAGCUCCUCAUGAAGAUCCCCAUGUUGCACCAACAUCGAAACAUUCACGUCAUUUCAAAUCUCAUCAGAAACUUGCCUCGAAGAUCCGCACCGCUUCAGCGCAGCGUUCGGCAUACCCUUCAUCCGAGCUCAGUGGUACUAUCCUUCGUGACAGCGUGUCGGGCGCAGGUGAUAUCGAGUUUUAUGGUCAGAUAGAAGUGGGUACACCCCCACAGGCGUUCAUGAUCGACUUUGAUACGGGCUCCUCAGAUAUGUGGAUUAAAGACAAGACGUGCAAGAAGAAUUGCGGGCGCGACUCUACACACAAGCAUGCAUUUUACGACUCCGAGAAGUCCUCAACCUCGAAGGAUUUGGCCUCGCCGUUCCAAAUAUCGUAUGGGGUGGGCGGAGUGAGUGGGGCGUUGUUCGAGGAUACGGUGUCUGUUUCCGGCUACAAUGUCUUCCAACAAGCGUUCGGCGUCUGUGAUGUGCUCUCGGAGGAUUGGCCUAAUGAUCCGGCCGACGGUGUCCUCGGCUUAGCUUUUGAGUCGAUCGCUACUAGCCAUAAGAAACCUUGGUUUUACAACGCUAUUUCACAAAACCAAAAGCUCAACAACACUCUUGAAUCGGAGAUGUUUUCUUUUGCUAUGGGAAGAUAUGCCACCCAAUCUCACCACAAGUCGGAGCUAUUCUUAGGGGGCCAAAACGCGGAGAAAUACCAUGGCGAUUUCCAAUGGAUCCCAUUAACGUCGAAGACCUACUGGCAAGUCGAGCUCGUGAAUGUGUAUUGCAACAACGGCGAGGACGAGAAGUACCGGGUGGAGAUACCCAGUACGGCGGCGAUCAUCGAUAGUGGGACGACAUACAUCGCUGCUCCCGCCGAGCAAGCCCGGAUCUUUUGGGAGAAUAUCCCUAACUCGCAGACCAAAUCGGGCGACGGAUUCUACACUUUCCCGUGCUCUCAGAGCGUCAAGAUGGUCUUCGAUUUCGGGAAUGGCAUCGAACUCGGCGUCAAUGAAUUGGACUUGAACCUGGGCAAAGUUUCCCCCGGAAGUGAUCGCUGUGUGGGCGCGGUUUUCGGAAGUCAGACGGGUGGUAACUGGAUCCUAGGAAUCUCCUUCAUGAAAAGCUACUACACCACCUUCGAUUUUGGCUCCUCUCGUCUUGGGUUCGCAAACCGUCUUACCACUGAUCGCUGUCGUACCAUUUUAUCGAUACUUCAACCAUAAUACUUUCUAUUUUUUUUU